AACUUUGAUACAUGAAUAUGAAUAGUAUGGUGUUAAAGCCGAAAAUAUAUAAACAAUAACCAUUUGUUUUAUGUUUACAUCUUAUGUAAUUAAAGUGGUUGUGCAACCUUGACAAUCACCUGCUUAGUUAGAAAUGUGUGUUUAUCUCAAACACUGUAAACCUUUUGUUGGAUACAUUUACUGGUUCCCCAGAGAAAAGAGCCUUAUAAUGGUUCCUUAAAUAUUUAUGUAAUUAUGACUGUCAAAUGUCAGCUGAUUUCGUCAGUUUCGUUAUAAUUAACCAAAAUGUACUGAUUCAAGAUGAGCUGAAAGAAAGCUAGAAGUGAAUUCUGGAAGGACCAGGAUGGAUUUUGAAAAUUUGUAACAUACAAUAUUGCACUGAUUUAGAAUUGUACGUCUCUUUUGUCAUGGCUACUAACGUAAACAAUAUUAAUUUACAAGUGAUUGAAUUUGAAAUGCUGGAUAAGAGUAAAUAUUUUCCUUUAACAAUGUUGAGUAGCUUCUCUGUAAGAGGAAUCUUAUAUCCAUUCUCCUUAAUAAAAACUCGAUUACAAAUUCAACGUGGGACAGCUUUAUACAAAGGAACAAUUGAUGCCUUCAUCAAAAUUACUAGAAAUGAAAGUGUCUUUGGCCUUUAUCGUGGAUUCUGGAUUAAUGCGUUACAAGUUUUACCAACAGUUGGAUACAUUUCAACAUAUGAAACUACACGGCAAUUCCUGAAAGAAAACUCUGAUUUAAGAGAAAGCAAGUUGCGUUCCUUUAUUUCUGGGGGUGGUGCUUCAUUGGUAGGUCAGACUAUGUCGGUACCUAUUGAUAUUGUAUCACAACACAUAAUGCUGCUUGGACAGAGAACUUCUAAAAAGACAGAUGUUGAUCAAAAGUUGAUGAAAUUACAAACUUUACACAUUUCUGAAAAAGCCCGUCUAUCCAAUUUUGGUUCUGUACCAGAAAUUAUUCAACAAAUAUACAUUCGAGAUGGAUUGAGAGGUUUCUACAGAGGAUACUUUGUGUCAAUUUUAGUUUUUGCACCAAAUAGUGCUCUUUGGUGGACAUUUUAUGAUACAUACACAUCUAUGUUUGCUGCAGCUUCCCCUGACUGGAUUCCUCGGUUGACACUUCAAUGUUUAGCUGCCUGUUUGAGUGGUGUAUCUGCUUCCACUAUAACCAACCCACUUGAUGUAAUACGUGCCCGUAUUCAGGUGGAAGGUUGCAGUUUUCCAACAACACUUCAAAUUUUGUGGCAAGAAGAAGGUGUUAAAAUGGCCUUCAAAGGCUUGUCUGCACGUGUAAUUCAAUCUGUUGUUUUCUCCUUUUUCAUUAUUCUUGGCUAUGAAUCAAUCAAACGUUGUAGUUUACUUAAAGAAUACCAAAAAGACAUCCGAUGGUGAUUUGAAACGUCCCCACAGUUAACUAUAUUGUUUAAUCAAAAGAUAUGUAGUUGGCAGUUUUAAAUGCAAAUUUGUUUAUUAUUUUCUAUCUAUUUAUUUAUAUAUUUAUUUUAUUUGGUUUGUAAUUUUGUCAUAUCAUAUCCAAUCAUUGGCAGAUUAUAAUUAUAAUUUCAAUUAGAUAAACUUACAUUUUACA